AUGGCGCCUAUCCUCUUUGACAUGUCCGUUCUUGACAUCUGCUUCUCGCGGCUGGCCUCUGCCGAAAAGCCCCUUUGGGGAUCGAUGACGCCUUUGUUGAACGUUUCCUGUGGGCCACGCAUCUUCCACCAAACAUGCGUGGAUGUCAACGUGAUCCGUUUCAGCACAUAUGCCGGCGAGAUGGAAAACACCAUUGUCCACAUUGACACUUUCGGUGGCGAAGGCAUGCCUGCCUGUACGCCCCCUGCUCAUCGAGCGGCAGCUGUUGGGAAGCCAAGGCACCUGUCUGACAACUCGAUGACGCAGGCACUGCCUUCUGGAAAGAGGUUGGGGCAAGGACGUCUACGCGACCGCGAAGUGGGGAGGCGAAGGGACG